AUGUCCUCCAAAGAAACCACCACCUACACACGCUCACUAUUCACACAAGCAAUCCACUUACAACGCACCAACCCCUCCAAUCUCCGCUCCGUCAUCCCCCAUCCCACCACACGCCUCACAACAGCCCUCUACCGCACCUUCUCCUCCUCCGAAAAAGUCAUCAUGGCCACCUGA